AUGCCGGACGCCGUUCGUCAGUGGUUCGUGCCAGCCGAAGGCAUCGAGCGCCAGGUGAUUUCAGCGGAUAUCCAGCGCUACCUAGGAAAUGAUGCGACCGUCCGUCCCGGACAAGGAAACGCCUCUGAGAAUAACGGCGUUCCCGUUCAAGGAUACUGGAUCAAAGCUUACCGCAAUCUCACAUCUGCCAUGAUUUUGGACUUGAAAGCAGAUUCCGUACGAUGGCGGCAAGAACAGCAGCGAACAGGGCCUAGAGAUUACGCCGGUUCCACUACUUACAACGCAUCCAGUGCUGGUCGGCCAGUGAAUGCUCGUGAAUCGCCGUCAGUGGAAGGUCCUUACGGAAUCCCAAGCCGGGAUAGAAUGGCCUCCGAUAGACUGUCUGCUGAAAGGAACCUCGGAGAAAGGAUGCAGCUGGACCCACCAGUUGCACCGCCGGCUCGGACUCUUCCCACGACUGAAAGGAACUACCAUCCGGAUGGUCGUGCAUAUGGUCCAUCCGACCGAGGAUAUCCACCUCCGGACAACAGGAUGCCCUACCAGCAGGAUGUGCCUUUGCCCUCUGCCUAUGGACAACGCCCACCUGUCACGGCCCCCUAUGAGCAACCUCGGUACGCACCCGAAUACCCUGCAGGUAACGGACCUCCAGGAUAUUCUCGUCCCGGUGAACAUAUUCCUCCUGUUUCCAGCCCGUACGAUUCCAACCACGGACCCAGACCGCCAGUGACCGGCUACGCCCAAGGCAACAUAUACGCUCAGGCACCACCACCGUCGAUGCGCCCGCCGCGUGACGCUGGUUAUCCUCAGCAGGAAUACGUGGAUCCCAGCAGUCCCUAUCACAACAUGGCGCCGAACCAUCACGACCCUUACGGUGGUCGACGUAAGUUCUACUAG